CUGGCAGCCAUUACAGUUCGUCAUUAGCCAUUGCCGUGGAAAGUCCGUUCGGUUUGUGUAGUGCUCGGAAAAAAAGUGAAAAUUAGUUCAAAACCUAUCAUAAAUCUGAAAAAAUCGUGAAAACGUUGAAUCUAGACUGGGCAAUUAGAGAGGAAAACGACGAUAGUAACGGAAAGACGAAGUGUGUACAGUACUGCGGAUAAAGUUCAAUACUAGUAUAAACGAGAGGCUAUAUCUAACAAAUCUAGAAUAACACGCGACUGUCAAUCAGUAUCUGUCUAUAGAAAGCAUGGAACAAUUUACCCCCAAGGAGGUAAAGAUCCUCGAGAGUGCCGAGGAUAUCCAGGAGCGCCGUGAGCAGGUGCUCAAUCGCUACAAUGAGUUCAAGGUGGAAACGCGUCACAAGCGUGACAAGCUGGAAGAUUCGCGCCGCUUCCAGUACUUCAAGCGGGACUCGGAUGAGCUGGAAAGCUGGAUCCACGAGAAGUUGCAGGCCGCAUCGGAGGAAAGCUACCGUGAUCCGACCAACCUGCAGGCCAAGAUCCAGAAGCACCAGGCGUUCGAGGCUGAAGUGUCGGCCCACAGCAAUGCGAUUGUGGUGCUGGACAACACGGGCCAGGAGAUGAUCAACCAGCAGCACUUUGAAUCGGUUGUCAUCCAGCACCGGUUGGAUGAGUUGCACCGUUUGUGGGAACUGCUGUUGUCCCGUUUGGCCGAAAAGGGCAUGAAACUGCAGCAGGCGCUGGUUUUGGUGCAAUUUUUGCGUCAUUGCGAGGAAGUCAUGUUCUGGAUUAAGGACAAGGAAGCAUUCGUUACCGCGGACGAGUUCGGGCAAGAUUUGGAACACGUGGAAGUGUUGCAGCGAAAAUUUGACGAAUUCCAAAAGGACAUGGCUUCGCAAGAGUAUCGCGUCACCGAAGUCAACGAACUGGCCGAUAAGCUGUUGUCCAAUGGACACCCGGAACGGGAAACCAUCACCCGUAGAAAGGAAGAAUUGAAUGAGGCCUGGCAACGUCUUAAGCAGCUAGCAAUUUUACGUCAGGAGAAGCUGUUCGGGGCUCACGAGAUUCAACGUUUCAACCGUGACGCCGAUGAGACCGUUGCAUGGAUUGCGGAGAAAGACGUUGUGUUGUCUUCGGACGACUACGGACGUGACUUGGCCAGCGUGCAGGCCCUUCAGCGUAAGCACGAAGGUGUUGAGCGUGAUUUGGCAGCAUUGGAAGACAAAGUGGCAACGUUGGGAGCCGAAGCUGGCCGCCUGUGUAGCAUUCAUGCUGACCACAGCGAUCAGAUUCGCGAGAAACAGGCGGAAAUUGCCGCUUACUGGCAAUCGUUGACUGCCAAGGCCAAGGAGCGCAAGCAAAAGUUAGACGAAUCAUACUUCUUGCAUCGGUUCCUAGCCGAUUUCCGUGAUUUGGUUUCUUGGAUCAAUGGAAUGAAGGCUAUUAUUUCGGCUGAUGAGCUCGCUAAAGACGUUGCCGGAGCUGAAGCACUUUUGGAACGCCAUCAGGAGCAUAAAGGUGAAAUCGAUGCUCGGGGGGAUAGCUUCAAGGUGACGACCGAAGCCGGACGUCAGCUGUUGGAACGGGAGCACUAUGCCGCUGCUGAAGUUCAGGAAAAACUGGCUGCCCUGGAAAACGACAAGAGUUCACUGUUGUCCCUGUGGGAGGAUCGUCGGAUUCUGUACGAGCAGUGUAUGGAUCUACAGCUGUUCUAUCGUGACACCGAACAAGCGGACACUUGGAUGGCCAAACAGGAGGCUUUCCUAGCCAAUGAAGAUCUCGGUGAUUCGUUGGACUCGGUUGAGGCACUGAUUAAAAAGCAUGAGGACUUCGAGAAGAGUCUUGCCGCCCAGGAAGAAAAGAUCAAAGCACUGGAUGUUUUUGCCACCAAACUAAUUGAUGGACAACAUUACGCCGCUGAUGACGUCGCUCAGCGUCGUUCGAUGCUGUUGGCGCGUCGAUCUGCUUUGCUGGAAAAAUCAUCGAUUCGUCGUCAGCUGUUGGAAGAUUCAAGUGCUCUGCAGCAAUUCGAGCGAGAUUGCGACGAGACCAAGGGAUGGAUUAGCGAAAAGCUGAAGUUUGCCACCGAUGACAGCUACCUGGAUCCAACCAAUCUGAACGGAAAGGUUCAGAAACAUACCAACUUCGAACACGAGCUAACCGCCAACAAGAGCCGCAUCGAAGACAUCACAACCAAUGGUCAAAAUUUGAUCGAAAAGGGUCAUUACGCGGCGGAUCAGAUCAACUCGCGUAUGCAGGAGAUUGUGACUUUGUGGGAAUCACUGGUCCAAGCUUCGGACAAGAAGGGAUGCAAACUGCAGGAAGCAUCCCAGCAGCAGCAAUUUAACCGCACCGUUGAGGAUAUCGAGCUGUGGUUGAGCGAAGUCGAGGGUCAGCUGAUGUCCGAGGACUAUGGCAAAGAUUUGACCAGUGUGCAGAAUUUGCAGAAGAAACACGUUCUCCUGGAAGCUGACGUGAUGGCACACCAGGAUCGUAUCGAGGGAAUUAAGGUGGCAGCUAAUAAAUUUGUCGAGAGCGAUCAUUUCGAUGCCGACAACAUUCGCAACAAGGAAAGUGCACUGUCGAAGCGCUACGGUGCUCUUGCGUCUCCCAUGUCGGAACGAAAGCAACGUCUGCUGGAUUCGCUGCAAGUGCAACAGUUGUUCCGUGAUUUGGAAGAUGAAGCUGCUUGGAUUCGCGAGAAAGAACCGGUAGCAGCAUCAACCAAUCGUGGACGCGAUUUGAUUGGAGUGCAGAAUCUGAUCAAGAAGCAUCAAGCCGUUUUGGCUGAGAUUAACAAUCACGAAAAUCGUGUGGUUGGUGUGAUCGGUAGCGGUGAACAAAUGCUUACCGAGCAACCAUUUGCCACCGAAGAUAUCAAACUACGCCUGGAUGCUUUGAAAGAUCAAUGGAAUUCACUGAAAGAAAAAUCAAGCCAACGCAAGCAAGAUCUGGAGGAUUCACUGCAAGCUCAUCAGUUCUUCGCCGAUGCCAACGAGGCUGAGUCAUGGAUGCGCGAAAAGGAACCGAUUGUGUCGAAUCAAGACUACGGCAAGGAUGAGGAUUCGUCGGAGGCUUUACUGAAGAAACAUGAAGCAUUGGUUUCGGAUUUGGAAGCAUUCGGUAAUACCAUCCAAGCUUUACAGGAACAGGCGAAGAACUGCCGGCAACAGGAAACUCCCGUUGUGGAUAUCACCGGAAAGGAGUGUGUCAUGGCACUGUACGAUUAUACCGAGAAAUCUCCGCGCGAGGUCUCCAUGAAAAAGGGAGAUGUUUUGACUUUGCUAAACUCCAACAACAAGGACUGGUGGAAGGUUGAAGUAAACGACCGGCAAGGUUUUGUUCCGGCAGCCUACAUCAAGAAAAUCGAUCCCGGUCUGAGUGCCAGCCAACAGAAUCUGGUUGACGGACAUUCAAUCGCCAAGCGCCAGGCCCAAAUUAACAGCCAGUAUGACAAUCUGUUGGCUCUGGCGCACGAACGUCAGAACAAACUUAACGAAACCGUCAAAGCUUAUGUUCUUGUUCGUGAAGCUGCCGAUCUGUCCGCUUGGAUCAAGGACAAGGAAAGUCACGCUCAGAUCAAGGACGUUGGUGAAGAUCUGGAAGAGGUUGAGGUUAUGCAGAAGAAGUUUGACGAUUUCAACGAUGAUCUGAAGGCUAAUGAGGUUCGACUGGCUAAGUUGAAUGAAAUCGCUGUCCAGCUUACCUCGUUGGGUCAAACAGAGGCUGCGCUGAAGAUCAAAACCCAGAUCCAAACUUUGAACGAAGAAUGGGCCACUCUCCAAACCAUCACCCAGGAGCGCGCAAGUCAGCUGGGUUCCGCUCACGAAGUGCAACGUUUCCAUCGGGAUGUCGACGAAACCAAAGACUGGAUCGCCGAAAAGGACAAUGCUUUGACCAGCGAUGAUCUGGGUAAGGAUUUACGUGGUGUUCAGACUCUUCAACGCAAGCACGAAGGUUUGGAACGUGAUUUGGCGGCACUUCGCGAUAAAAUCCGUCAGUUGGACGAAACUGCCAACCGGUUGAUGCAGUCUCAUCCGGACACGGCCGAACAAACCUACGCCAAGCAGAAGGAAAUCAACGAAGAGUGGCAGCAGGUCGUAACCAAGGCUCAGCAGCGCAAGGAAAAACUGCUGGAUUCGUACGAUUUGCAGCGCUUCCUGAGCGAUUAUCGCGAUCUGAUGGCGUGGAUAAGCUCGAUGAUGGGACUGGUCACCUCGGAAGAAUUGGCAAACGAUGUUACCGGUGCCGAAGCUUUGAUCGAGAGACAUCAGAACCAUCGUGCUGAAAUUGAUUUUCGUUACGGUAUCCCACAGGAACACCGUACCGAAGUCGAUGCUCGGGCUGGAACGUUUGCGGCGUUCGAGCAGUUUGGUGCGGAGUUACUGCAGGCCAAUCAUUAUGCAUCGCCGGAAAUCGAUGAAAAAAUUGAAAACCUUGCCAAGGCUCGUGAGGAAUUGGAACGAGCUUGGACAGCCCGUCGACUGCAGUUGGACCAGAACCUGGAUCUGCAGCUGUAUCUACGUGAUUGUGAACAAGCGGAGAACUGGAUGAGUGCACGUGAGGCGUUCUUGAACGCAGAAGAAGUUGAUUCAAAGGGGGAUAAUGUGGAGGCUUUGAUAAAGAAACACGAGGACUUUGAUAAGGCCAUCAACGGACAUGAGGAGAAGAUCGCAGCUCUGCAGGUCCUAGCCGAUCAGCUUAUUGCCCAGGAACAUUACGCCGGCAAGCUGAUUGAUGACAAGCGGUCCGAAGUGCUGGAUCGCUGGCGUCACUUGAAGGAAGAUUUGAUCGAAAAAAGAUCUCGACUGGGUGACGAGCAGACACUGCAGCAGUUCUCGCGUGAUGCAGAUGAGAUUGAGAAUUGGAUUGCGGAGAAGCUUCAGUUGGCUACGGAAGAGAGCUACAAAGAUCCGGCCAACAUCCAAUCGAAGCAUCAGAAACAUCAAGCUUUCGAAGCUGAAUUGGCUGCCAAUGCCGAUCGUAUUCAAAGCGUCCUGGCGAUGGGAAGUAAUUUGAUUGAUAAAAACCAAUGCAGUGGAUCGGAAGAUGCGGUUCAGAAGCGACUGACACAGAUCGCUGACCAGUGGGAAUAUUUGACACAGAAGACGACCGAGAAAUCGUUGAAACUGAAGGAAGCUAACAAGCAGCGUACGUACAUUGCUGCUGUGAAAGAUCUGGACUUUUGGCUCGGUGAAGUUGAAAGCCUACUGACUUCGGAAGACGCCGGAAAAGAUUUGGCUUCCGUGCAGAAUUUGAUGAAGAAACACCAGCUGGUGGAAGCUGAUAUUCACGCUCACGAAGAUCGUAUCAAGGACAUGAAUGCCCAGGCCGACUCGCUGGUCGAAAGUGGUCAGUUCGAUAGUGCUGGAAUCCAGGAAAAGCGUCAAUCUAUUAACGAACGCUAUGAGCGCAUUUGCAACUUGGCUGCCCAUCGUCAAGCGCGUUUGAAUGAAGCCAACACGCUGCAUCAAUUCUUCCGUGACAUUGCUGAUGAAGAAUCAUGGAUCAAGGAGAAAAAACUGCUGGUUGGUUCGGAUGAUUAUGGACGCGAUUUGACCGGAGUCCAGAACCUGAAGAAGAAACAUAAGCGAUUGGAGGCCGAACUGGCUUCGCACGAGCCUGCCAUACAAGCUGUUCAGGAAGCGGGAGAGAAAUUGAUGGACGUAUCGAAUUUGGGUGUUCCGGAAAUCGAACAACGUUUGAAGGCUCUAAACCAAGCUUGGGCUGAGUUGAAGGGAUUGGCUGCUACUCGAGGACAAAAGCUGGAUGAGUCGUUGAUUUACCAGCAGUUCUUGGCUAAGGUCGAAGAAGAGGAAGCUUGGAUCACCGAGAAACAACAACUGCUGUCGGUUGAGGAUUACGGAGAUUCGAUGGCUGCUGUACAGGGUCUGCUGAAGAAACAUGACGCAUUUGAGACCGACUUUGCUGCCCAUCGUGAUCGCUGCUCCGAUAUUCGUGACAACGGACAAACUUUGGUGACCAACAACAAUCACCAUGCGGACAGUAUUUCCCAACGUUGUGCUCAACUGGAUAAAAAGCUAGAGAAUCUUCAGGCUUUGGCCACACGACGCAAGAACGCACUGUUGGAUAACUUUGCUUAUCUGCAGUUUAUGUGGAAGGCUGAUGUCGUUGAGAGUUGGAUCGCCGAUAAGGAAAAUCACGUCAAGUCGGAAGAGUUUGGACGUGAUUUGUCCACUGUUCAAACACUACUAACAAAACAGGAGACAUUCGACGCAGGUCUUUCGGCAUUUGAACAGGAGGGCAUUCACAACAUCACAGCAUUGAAAGAUCAACUCAUCAACGCUAGCCACGCGCAAUCGGCUGCAAUUCUCAAGCGCCAUGAGGAUGUGCUGACCCGUUGGCAGAAGUUGCGUGCCGACUCGGAAGCCCGCAAGUAUCGUCUGUUGGCCAUGCAGGAGCAGUUCCGUCAGAUUGAAGAUCUUUAUCUGACAUUUGCCAAGAAGGCUUCCGCUUUCAAUUCGUGGUUCGAAAACGCAGAAGAAGAUUUAACCGAUCCCGUCCGGUGCAACUCAAUCGAAGAAAUCAACGCUCUCCGGGGAGCUCAUUCUCAGUUCCAGGCAUCGCUUUCGUCGGCUCAGUUUGACUUCCAGGCGUUGGCAGAGUUGGACCGUAAGAUUAAGAGUUUCAACGUCGGACCAAAUCCGUACACCUGGUUUACGAUGGAAGCUCUGGAGGAUACUUGGCGUAAUUUACAGAAAAUCAUCGAAGAACGAGAUGCCGAAUUGGCAAAGGAGGUUCAUCGACAGGAAGAGAACGAUAAACUCCGGAAAGAGUUUGCCAAACAUGCCAAUCUGUUCCACCAGUGGUUAACCGAGACAAGAACUUCUCUCAUGGAAGGUUCCGGUUCUUUGGAGGAACAGUUCGAAGCACUUUGUCACAAAGCCAAUGAAAUACGGGCUCGUCGUGGAGAUCUGAAAAAGAUUGAAGAAUUGGGUGCCACCCUCGAGGAACAUCUUAUUCUGGACAAUCGCUAUACCGAACAUUCAACUGUGGGAUUGGCCCAACAGUGGGAUCAGCUGGACCAGUUGGCUAUGCGUAUGCAGCACAACUUGAAACAGCAGAUCCAAGCCCGAAACCAGUCCGGUGUUUCGGAGGAUUCUCUCAAGGAGUUCUCGAUGAUGUUCAAACACUUCGACAAAGACAAGAGUGGCAAAUUGAACCACCAAGAGUUCAAAUCCUGCCUGCGUGCACUUGGCUACGACCUACCGAUGGUGGAGGAAGGACAGCCGGAUCCGGAGUUCGAGGAGAUUCUGAAUGUGGUGGAUCCGAACCGCGAUGGACAAGUGUCACUGCAGGAGUACAUUGCCUUCAUGAUUUCCAAGGAAACAGAAAACGUCCAGAGCUACGAAGAGAUAGAAAAUGCCUUCCGUGCCAUCACCGCAUCCGAACGUCCGUAUGUCACCAAGGACGAGCUCUAUUCCAACCUCACCAAGGAUAUGGCAGAUUACUGCGCCCAACGGAUGAAACCGUACAACGACCCGAAGUCGGGUCACCCCAUCACGGGCGCCCUGGACUACGUAGAAUUUACCCGCACCUUGUUCCAAAACUAAUCACAUUGCAAUGUUUUAAUAUUUUAUUCUAAUAAAGUACACACAAUUCUCGUACUGUGUCGUAUAAGCGCAAAA